AUGGCACACGGAAUUUCAAAUGAUGAUCCAACAAAAAAAGAACAUGUUGAUGCACCAGAAAUACUUGAUAAAAAACUUGAUCAAUUAGCAGAUUGGAUUCGAAAUGCUAAACAUUUUAUUGUAUUUACAGGUGCCGGUAUAUCGACAUCAACUGGUAUUCCUGAUUUUCGAUCGAGUAUGAAUACAAUAUUACCAACAGGACCUGGUGUAUGGGAACUUCGAGAUCAUCCCGGUGCAAAACGUGCACCAAAUGCUCGUACAACAUCAUCAACAAAAGCUAUUCCAUCAGUUACACAUAUGGCUCUUGUUGAAUUAGCUCGUCGUAAUCUUCUUCAUUUUGUUGUUUCACAAAAUACUGAUGGUCUUCAUUUACGUUCUGGUUUACCAUCAACAUUAUUAGCUGAAUUACAUGGAAAUUCAAAUUUAGAAACAUGUAAAAAAUGUCGUACAAAAUAUUUACGUGAUUAUCGUACACGUACGGCUAACAAAGUUCAUGAGCAUGCAACAACUCGAAAAUGUACGAAAUGCAGUUCAACACUUUAUGAUUCAAUUAUUAAUUUUGGUGAAAAUCUACCUGAAUAUGAAUUAGAAACAAGUUUUGAUCAUGCAGAACGUGCAGAUGUUUGUCUUGUCUUAGGUUCAUCAUUACGUGUAACUCCAGCAGCUAAUAUUCCAGAACGAGUUGGUGAACAUGGUGGAAAAUUAAUUAUUGGAAAUUUACAAUUAACUCCAUUAGCAAAUUUAGCUAAAUUAAAUGUUCAUGCAUUGUGUGAUGAUUUAAUGCGAGGAUUAAUGGCUAAGUUAGAUAUUCCUAUACCAGAAUGGGAACUUCAUCGACGAAUACGUAUUACAAUUAAAGAUCAAACUUUAUCAAUAAUGGGUCUUGAUCUUAAUCAAGAUAUAGCUUAUACACUUUUUUCAACAAUAAAAAUAUCAGUACGAGAAGGAACUGAAUCAAAAUAUGAUUCAAAAGAGAUUAAAGGUGUAGAACCAAUUGAACAUAAAAUAAAAGUCAAUAAUCCAAAUGAUAAAAUGAAUGUUUAUGUUGAAUUAAAUUGGCAAGGACAUUACAAUGAACCAACAUAUACAAUUAGAAUUCCUUUUACGAAUUCGUCAAAAGAAGUACACCUGUUUUAUAAUCCAAAAACACGCGGUUGGAGAGAAGAGUAA